AUGCGCUUUGCACUUGCAGCACUUUGCACCGUCUCGCACGCGCUCGCGCCCAGCGGCCACCGUACGCCGCCGGCGCGACCGGUCGACGCGCCGGCAAGCGCGGAACUCGACCGCCGCGACCUCCUGUUGACGCUCGGCGCCGCGGGCCUCCUGCCGCUGCGAGCGCUUGCCGCGAGCCCGGAGGGCACGGUCGUGCCCCAGGCCGAGUUGUUUGAGACCGCAGCUAAAGUGGCCAAGCGCCGCAUCAUCGUGACGGGCGCGAAUUCCGGCGUCGGGCUCGAAGGAGCAAAAAUAUUAGCAAAGGCCGGCCACGACGUCGUCUGCGCGUGCCGGAACCAGGCCAAGGCCGACGCCGCCGCAUCAGCGACAGGCGGCACGGCCGCCGUGUGUGAUUUAGCGGAUCUGAGUAGCGUGCGCAGCUUUGCGAAGACCGUGUCCAACGUCGACGUGUUAGUGCUGAACGCGGGCCUCGCCCUGAACACGAAGGACGCGCAGCCGACGCGGACGAAGGACGGCUUCGAGCUCACCAUCGGGACGAACCAUUUAGGACAUUUUCUACUCUACAAUCUGCUCGAGGACAAGCUUGUUAAAAGUGGUGAGCACCCGCGCCUUGUCGUGACGGCGUCCCCCGUCCACGAUCCCUUGUCCGGCGGGGGCAAGGUCGGCUCGACGGCGACGCUCGGUGAUUUGAGCGGUCUGAAGUCAGCGAAUUUCGACAUGGUCGACGGCGGCGCUUUCGACGCCGACAAGGCCUACAAGGACUCGAAGCUCUGCAACUUGCUGUUUACGGCCGAGGCGUCACGACGCUUAGCGAAGAAGAACGCGAAGGCGACGGCCCACGCCUUCAGCCCCGGCCUCAUCCCGUCCCCCGACGGCUUCUUCCGCUACCAGCCGAAGUUUUUUGCAAAGACCUUUAAUGCCAUCGCGACGAAGGCCGGCGUCGCGGAGACUGCGGCCUUCGGCGGGGCUUGUUUAUCGUACGUGGCGACGGCGCCUUUACUAGAUCAGUCGACGAACGGGUGGUGGGACACGGACCCGCCGGGCAAGCACCAGCUGCUUUGUCACCCGCCUUCCGCGGAGGCGCGUUCAAUUGACGAGCAGAAGGAGCUGUGGCGGCUGUCCGCGGGGCUGGUGGGGUUGGCGUAGUAAGUUUGAGCCCUAUUUUAUUUAGCUAGCGGUCUGUAAGACAUACUAGCCGAAGAGCGGAUCCCAACAAACACACAAAACGCGCUAUAACGCGCCCGCCAGCGCGCCGAUUCAACCGCGAUCCAGCGCUAGGUGUUCUAUAGGGCUGCGCGACAGCCGCGAGAAAGCUCGAGGGCGCGCCAUUCGCGCGGCGGGCCGGGAGAACGCUCUCUGGCAGCACUUCGUCUCCCGUUCAAAUUAAGGCGCCGCGACCACUGAGAGGUUCCGCAGCGCCUGCGCGCGUAGGCUCGAGCGCGCGAACGUCUCAGUAAAUUUUGACGCCCCCCGCAGGUACCUAGACAUGAACAACAUUCUUGCCGAAGCACACGCCGCGCGCCGCGAGCGCCAGGGCCUCCCGGCCGAACCGCCGGCACCGGCGGCCGAACUACCGGCACCGGCGGUCGAAGCACCGGCCCAAGACAUGGACGUGGACGCGGACGAGCCCGCAACUCCGCCGGCGAACGCCGACGCGCCCGCGAUUAUGGACGACGCGGCGAGCGCCGACGACGCGGUCCGAAGCGCCGACGCGGUGGUCGUCGAGCGGCUCAUCGACGACGAAGCGCCGUCCGGCGGCCCGCAGUGCUACGUCUGCCUCUCGUCCGAGGUCACCGAAGGCAACUCGCUCUUGGCGCCGUGCCGGUGCAACACGGUCAUCCACGAGCAGUGCCUGCGCGAGCUGCAGCGCCGGAACCUGCAGGAUCCGGGGCGCGAACAGUACGCGCACAAUUGCCAGGUGUGCCAGGCGCCCUACGCGCUCGCGCCGCCGAUUAUUCCCAACGUGGAAGUGAAGCUCGUCGACCAGUACGCAGAAGCGGUGGCCGAGUACGGCGAGGACGGUGUGGGCGACGGUGAGUACGACUACGACGGCCACAAGUACGGCGAGUGCGGCGCCGUCACGCACGUGCGGGCCACCAUCAGCUACGAAGGCGAGGCCGUCGGCCGCGUGGCCCUCGUGCUCGUGGAUCGCGCGCUCCUCGCGCGCUGGUCCGGUGACCCUAAGAGCUGGGACUUCAACUCGGCUAUUGACCACGUCGGUGGCGACGGCACGCUCUACGACAUCGCGACCACGUUCUUCGACGCCGACGGAACGACGCCGCGGCUCGAGUGUCUCCGGGCGCACGGCGACGGCGUGGGCCGAGGCCAGUUCGCGUACAUCGAGACGUUCGAGAUCGAGGCGCCGGCCUCGACGGACCCGCGGACCGACAUCGCCACGGUGGCGCUCCAGCAGUUGCGGGACCUCGUCGGUGGCUGGGGCUGCGCCGCCUACGUCCCCGACGCGCGGACGCACCUGACGGGGGCAGAGCUUGCAGCGUGCGGCGGCAGACCCAGCUUCUUCGGUUCGGACGAGCUGGACCCGGCGAAGCGGCAGGCGGCGUACGACCUCGCCCGGCGCGGCGCCCGCCGCGACAUGACGCCCUUCCUCCGCGUCGGCUUCUAUCAGGUCGACGAGGUCCUCAAGGAGUGCUACCAGAAUUCGCACCUCUACUGCGUCGACGCGACCUGGCGCGCGAUUCCAAUGUCGUACGAAGAGGCGUCCGCGCCCGGCUUGGUCAUGCCGGCGCCGCCGCUGCCGCGGCCCGCCGACGCGGAGCUCAGCGACUUCCUCUCGUCCUUUUGCGCGCGUGCUCGCAACAAUCCCAUCUCGGAGGCGACGAUGCGCAGGGUCGUGACCUUCAUCAUCAAGCGCGUGACCCAGCAGGGCACCUGCGUGCGGAAGGCCCGCGCGCUCCACUACUGCGCGGCGCACUCCCAGGAGUGUCCGGCCCUGGCGCCGCUCGUCCAGUUGCUCUGCUCGAUCGGCGGCCGGGACGCGAUCAACGACGCCGACGCCCUCGGGGCCACGCCGUUGAUGCUCGCCGCGAUGAACGUCGACUCCGAAUCGCCGGACCUGACGAUGCUCCGCGUGUUCCUCGCCUGCGGUGCGGACAAGUCGAUCACGGACGACGGGCUCACGGCCCUCGGCUGCUACCGCUCGCGCCUCCGAUGCCGCGUCGCGUUCCUCAAAGGGCUCCCCAGGGACUUCGGCGGAGGUCCUCCCAAGAUCCCCACGCUCAACUUCGAGGUCGAGGGCCUGCUGAUGCCCUCCGACGGCCCGACCGCGGCGGACAAGGCGGCGUACGACGAGCUGCUCGGAAUGUUCGAUACGCGCGCCGCCUUCUACGGCGUCGCGUAGAGACCGCGAGACGAAGUCCCCCUGUAUGCCUGUAUGCCUAAGACUCCCCACGUUUUUCG